AUGCCUUCCCCUACUUCCUCUAAUGUGCAACCGGCCCCUUCUGCGCCUCCCCAGGCUUCUCCGGGCGCUUCUAGGAAGUAUGUGAUCGCACACCACAUGGUUGGCAACACAUAUCCCUACACCGUCGACAACUGGGUAGCAGAUAUCACUUUGGCUCAUGCUCACGGGAUCGAUGGCUUUGCGUUAAACAUGGGCCGCGACGACUGGCAGCCUGCCAGAGUUGCUGACGCGUACCAUGCUGCUAAUAUGUCCGGGACGGGCUUCAAGCUUUUCUUGUCGUUCGACAUGUCUUCUUUGCCUUGUUCGAGUCCGAACGACGCUGCGACUCUACGCAACUACAUCACCACCUAUGCAAUGCACCCUAACCAGCUCAUUUACGACGGCAGAGUGUUCGUCUCCACGUUCGCUGGAGAAUCAUGCACUUUCGGCCAGGCGUCGCCUGCGCAGGGCUGGUCGUCGCAGUUUACGCAGCAUCCACAGUUGACUGGGAGAAAUGCAGUGUACUUUGUGCCGUCGUUCUUUGUGGAUCCCAACACCUUUUCUACGUUCAACGAUGCCAUGGACGGCGCGCUCAACUGGAACUCGGGCUGGCCAAUCACAUUGACGACCUCUUCUGCCAACUCUAUACUAUCUUCUGUUGGAGUUAGCCUAUCUUCACUUACAUCGUCAGUUGGGUCUAUCGUUCAGAAAACCCUGUCGAGAUUCGUCACGUCGACAGACAGCGAUACCCAAUAUAUCAAGGGUCUCAGCACCAUGUCGAACAAGGGGCGUAAACGCGCAUACAUGGCCACCGUCUCACCUUGGUUUUUCACCCAUUACAGUCCGCAGACAUUCAACAAGAAUUUCAUCUAUUAUGCGGAUUCGCACCUAUACCCGGCACGCUGGGAGACCCUCAUCUCUUCGCGCGACAAAGUUGAUAUUGUCGAGAUCGUCACAUGGAACGAUUACGGCGAAUCGCACUAUAUUGGUCCUAUCGAAGGCGCUCAGCCGAAUAGCCAAGCUUGGGUGGACGGACUCAACCACACGGGCUGGCUUGACAUGACCUCGUACUAUGCUACUGCUUUCAAGACGGGCGCCUAUCCCGCGAUCACGAAGGACAAGAUAUACAUGUGGUCGCGUACUCAUCCGCGGGACGCCAACGCGCCAGACCCCGUUGGGAAGCCGGCGAACUUUGAACUGACUGAGGAUGCACUCUGGGCGGUCGCAAUGACCACCGCUCCCGCGACUGUGACGCUUUCAACAGGCAACGGCAAGAUGCAGGCGUUCAAUGUCCCCGCGGGCAUGAACAAGCUCUCGAUACCCAUCAGCGCCGGAGGGACGAUGCACGGCACAAUUGCACGCAACGGAAAGACUGUCGUCGAUUUCCACCCCCAAGGCUUCACGUUCAACGGGAGCCCGCAGACCUACAACUACAACGCCUUCGUAGCUGUCUCCAACUGA